UUACCUUUGAUUGACAAAACUACCCAUCUUCUCCUUUGCCGUGGCCGAUGGAUGCCUGUCCGAUACCACGAGCAAAUCUACUCCACCUCCGAGGUUUUAACUGUAAUCGCACACCCACCGCGAUCAACGUCUGCAUAUAUCUUAUUCCUAAUAUCGUCACUCACCAGACUGGAAGCCCACCCUCUGCGAAUUGAUAUUAUCGGGAAAGAUGGCAAGGAAAUUCUUCGUCGGCGGAAACUGGAAAUGCAAUGGAACCACUCAGGAGGUGAAGAAGAUCGUGGCCACACUUAACGAAGCCCAAGUGCCCCCACCAGAUGUCGUGGAGGUCGUGGUAAGUCCUCCAUUUGUUUUUCUUCCAUUGGUAAAAAGUUUGUUGAGGCCUGAUUUUCAAGUUGCGGCACAAAAUUGUUGGGUCAAAAAUGGAGGUGCAUAUACUGGGGAGGUUAGUGCAGAAAUGCUUGUCAAUUUGGGAAUUCCUUGGGUAAUUCUUGGUCAUUCUGAGAGAAGACUCCUCUUGAAUGAGUCAAAUGAGUUUGUUGGAGAUAAGGUUGCAUAUGCACUUGCACAAGGUUUGAAGGUGACUGCCUGUGUUGGAGAGACUCUCGAGCAGCGGGAAUCUGGAUCUACUAUGGACGUUGUUGCUGCACAAACUAAAGCAAUUGCAGACUGUGGUUCGAACUGGGCAAAUGUUGUUUUGGCCUACGAGCCUGUGUGGGCUAUUGGUACUGGGAAGGUUGCAACUCCAGCUCAGGCUCAGGAAGUACAUUUUGAAUUGAGGAAAUGGCUUCAUGCAAACACCAGUCCUGAAGUUGCUGUGUCAACCCAGAUUAUUUACGGAGGUUCUGUUAAUGGGGCAAACUGCAAGGAAUUGGCAGCUCAGCCUGAUGUUGAUGGCUUCUUGGUUGGGGGAGCUUCUCUAAAGGUAACGAUAUUGUUGCUUUUAUAUUUGUUCUUUUACAAUCUUCCCUUUUCACGCCCUUAUUUUUUAUUCCCCUCUUUGCACUCAUCAGCGGGAGUUCAUUGACAUUAUCAAGUCUGCUGAGGUUAAGAAAAGUUCCUAAGCUUGGAACCAUGUGUGAGUAGGCGAGACCCCCUUACGGUUUCGUGCUAUAUACCCAUGCAAUAAAAUAUGAAAUUACCCUUUUUUUUCUUGAUGAAUUUGAGAGAGAGAGUUCUGUUUUAUAUCCAAGUCAGCAUUGCAGACUGUACGUGUUUUGGUUGUAUGCAUGUGUUUGAAUUUUUGCCUGGUUGAUAUUGAAAUUAAACUUGCAUUUUGUCCUCCCUUCUCGCUGAAGUAAGCCAGGGCAGGAGAAUUGGCUUUCAUUAGAACCAUCAUAUAGAUAGAUAUA